AUGAGUGUUCACCAAGUCCUGCGUUUUGCCUCAAAUGCUGAUGUGUUUCUCAUCCCACCAGAGAAGGCAGUAGUUAGGCAUUACCGACAUGUUCGAGGAUGGGCAUUUUUCUUAAAAGAAGCGGAAACAUUCGGCUCUUUCGAAGAAACAAAUGUUGCCAAUGAUCUACUCUACGCUUUACAAACAAACGUUCGUCAAGCAGUCGAUGAAAACUUCCCAAGCUUUUGA